AUGGCAGCGACAACUCUCGAAUCUUACAAUAGAGCUGUUAUAAAGAGAGCAAAUAAGGGAGACUUGUUGGAAUUCAAUCGUGGAGUGUAUUCACACUGGGCUGUGUAUAUAGGGAACGAUGAAGUGGUACAUUUGGCCGGUGUCGACAACGACGGCCUGAAUGCUAGCGUCAACCCUAGUCAUUCGUUCUCUGUUUGUGGAAAAAAAUUUAGCAAGGCGAUGGUAAAAAAAGAGAGCGUUUGGAAUGUGAUGCUUGGGUCCAAGGUGAAAAUCAACAACGAUAAGGAUCACAAACUCAAACCACGUAGUGCUCAAGAAAUUGUAAAGGAAGCUUUAUCAAAAAUUGGAGAAAUUGGAUACAACGUGCUUUGGAAGAACUGUGAGCAUUUCGCCGCCUACUGCAGAUAUGGUGUGAGCUGGUCCAAACAAGCCGACAACGCCAUGCUAGCACUAGGCGCAGUAGUUGUGGCUGGCGUAGCUGCAGAGUUGUGUUGAAAGAAAAAGGAUUAGUAAAGGGCCUCUUCGUUUUGAAGAGAGGAUUGCUAUACAGUUGUG